AUGAGAAAUCGGAAGACUAGGAGAUUAAGAGAGCCGGUGGAGGCAGCCAGCCUUUCUAGGCCAGGAGUGCAGCUUGUGCAGAGGCUGGGCGGAAGAUCUGGGUGUAAGGGGUGGGCCUGCAGUGAGGGGUGCAGUGGCAGGGAGGAGGCUGGCACCCAUCAGCAUGUGGGGGAGGUCCCUCCCGCUCUAGCCCUGCAGCUGGCGAGCAGCGACAGGACCCUGCAUCGUGUGGAGGAGGAGCUGAGCUGGCAGGACGCCCGCCACCACUGCCGGGCGUACUACACGGACCUCGCGGACCUGCACCUGCCCACCCUGCCCACCCUCUACUUCCUCCUGACGGGCACCCAGGCCUGGAUGGGCCUCUUCUUCAACGCAAGCACUUCCGGCCUGCAGUGGUCCAGUGGCUCCUCCUUCAAGGCCCUGGAGUGGAGCUGGCCGCUGCCCAGUUUCGGGGUGGGCAUCUGCGCCACUCUGUACACAUCCAUCCUCUCCAUCCCCAGCAUGGGGGCUGCCUCCUGCUCGGCCCAGAAGCCCUUCUUCUGCUACUAUGGUGUGUUCCUGCUCAUAUUCUGGGCCUGUCUUUCCAAGGUUGCUUUUCAAGAGCAAAAGUAA